GGAGCUUCUCUGAAGACCAUCUACUCUUCUCAGACCGUAAACUUCAACACAUCUUGUGUACAUCAUGUCACUCCCGUCCUACCUUGCUUGGCCCUGGGGACCCCAACGCGGCCGUAUUACCAUUGACAGAUCAAACUCAGAUGAGUUUAACCCACCUGAGUUUGAGGCUUUUGAAGGCGUGACACCAAGAGCACCCGCAACACCACCUCUCUCAGUGCUGAAUGUUGAUAUGCGCGCGAUAGAAAACAAGAACGCGCACAACACCAGCAAGUACAAGAACACCAGUCUCAUUGUGCGCAGGAAUAAAGAAUUCAUCAUCAUCAUCAGGUUUGACCGACCCUUCAAUAACCAGCAGGACAAUGUGCAGAUGGAGUUCCUGAUUGGUAGUUCACCUGAUGAAAACAAAGGUACCUACAUCAUUGUGUCAAUUGGAAAAGAGAAACGUGAUGGUCGCUGGAAGGGUCGCGUCAUCGGCGUGCAAGGCAAUGAAGUAACAGUGGGCAUCACACCAGAUGUCAGCUGCAUCAUUGGCCGAUUCCGCACCUUUGUAGCAGUAGUGACUGAUUUGGGAAAACAGCGCACACAGAGGAAUCCUGACACAGAUUUCUAUGUGCUGUUCAAUCCUUGGGACCCUGCGGAUCAGGUGUACAUGUCCAAAGAUACCGACAGGCAGGAGUAUUUGAUGAAUGAGGUAGGGACCAUCUACAAUGGAGAAUUUAACAACAUAACCUCCCGUUCAUGGAACUUCGGCCAGUUUGAGAAGGGGGUACUGGAUGCCUGUCUUUUGGUUCUGGAUGCCGGGAAAGUACCACUACUGUACCGUGGAAGUGCCACUGAAAUAGUUCGGCAGGGAUCAGCCCUGAUGAACUCCCAGGACGAUGAUGGAGUCCUGGUUGGCAACUGGAGUGGUGAUUACUCCAUUGGCACAGCACCCACUGCCUGGACAGGAAGUCCUGAAAUCCUGCUCAAAUAUGCCAAAGAAGGUUGUGUACCUGUGUGCUUCGCACAGUGCUGGGUGUUUGCCGGUGUGUUGAACACUUUUCUGCGCUGUCUUGGGAUCCCUGCACGAGUCAUCACCAAUUACUGCUCUGCUCAUGACAACACGGGCAACCUGAAGACAGACAUUGUGCUGGAUGAAGACGGGAAAGUGGACAGAGGUCGAACAAGAGACUCAGUCUGGAACUACCACUGCUGGAAUGAGGUGUAUAUGAGGAGGCCUGAUCUGCCUGAAAAAUAUUCUGGCUGGCAGGUGAUUGACUGCACCCCUCAGGAGACCAGUGAUGGUCUUUACCGAUGUGGCCCGACGUCUGUCAAUGCUAUCAGAGAUGGAGAGCUCAGCUAUCCGUUUGAUGCAAGGUUUGUCUUUGCAGAGCUGAACAGUGAUGUGAUUUACCAUCAGUCUGAUAAGUACGGAAACUCAAAGAUCAUCUAUGUGGACACAGCAUAUGUGGGAAAACUCAUUAUCACCAAAAGGGCAAACAGUAACAACUAUGAGGACAUCACUUCUAACUAUAAAUACCCAGAAGGCAGUGAGAAGGAUAGGCAGGCCAUGCAAACGGCAGAGCGUCGUGGCGUUCCUACCAGGGACUACUUCCCACUCAGUGAAGCAGGUGUGGACAUCGAGCUCCAGGCCGACACCAUCAAAAUGGGUGACAACUUCAAGCUGACGCUGAACGUUAAGAACCAGACCAGCCAAACCUGCACCCUUAGUGCCAACAUCAGUGGCUAUGUGGUGUAUUACACGGGCGUCACCAGCGCAACUUUUAAGCUUGUAAACAAAUCUGCAACUGUGGAUCCCUGGAAUACCACAAAACUGCUGAUAGACGUCCAAGCUGUGGAAUACAUGCCCUACCUGGUGGAACAGUCCAACCUGCUCUUUGUGGUGUAUGGACGCAUUGAGGAAACUGGGGUUUCCCUUUCAACAAUGAGAGUUAUCACUCUUCGUCCUCCUGAGCUUUCAAUUAAGCUGACUGGAACACCACGUGUUGGAAGAGAUCUCAUGGUUGUCGUGUCUUUCCGAAAUCCCUAUAACUUCAUCCUGAAAAACGUUCAGCUCCGCCUUGAAGGCCCUGGUCUGAUAAUGACCAAAGUGAAAACAUAUGAGCAGAUUGUACCUGGUGGCUCAGUGCAAUAUACAGACACGAUCACCCCUCAGUCUCCCGGGAAGAAGGUGCUGAUAGCGUGCCUGGACUGCGCUGCACUGAGGCAGGUCACCAAUCAGCUGGAAAUCAUCGUGCAGUAACAGACUGCCACGAGGGAACCACAGAGAAAAGAUAGAGGUGAAAGAAAGAAAGGAGGGGUUGAAAGGGUUCCCAGUACCAUUUUAUUGUGUUGUCUUGCUUUACUUUACCAGCGUUAUCUAAAUACAAGCUAAUGUUCUUUAUUUUAGUUUUUACAAAACACCCAUACCUGCCAUCACUGGACUGUUAAAAAAUGUAAUUGGUACUGUUCAACCACCAUCAUGUAGUAAAAUGAUGGAUACCGAGGAAUACAAGCAUUUUAAGCAAAAGGUUUUCAUUAAUAAACUCAUUUAACUUUAUAAAAUACGCACAAGCAAAUAUUGUGUGGAUGUGAGAAAUCAUAAGUUUAUCAGAAUAAACUGUAAAUUGGGAGUGGGAGGAAGAGUGGGAAAAAAUUGGGAGAAACACAGUAUUGGCAAGUAUGCACUUGACCUUUGCUUGCACCUGAGAAUGUUUUUAUGGGUGUAUGAAAUUUCGAUGCAUACAGGAAAAUUUGAUCUACAUAAACCGAAAGGUUUUUUUUUUCUUUUCCACACUCAAGUUUUCAAGCACAUGUAAAAUAAAGGUAAUAAAAGUCUAUUAAAAUGUAGGCAGAAAAUGUAAAAGAUUUUCUGAAACUACACAUGAAUCUAAAGAAAUCUAAAUUGCUUUUUUGGUUGGGUACCUUAAUUGACAUAACUGUAUUAAUCAGACUGUAUUAAUCAGAAUAUAUUCAUAUUUUCCCUGCUGUAAUGCCACUGAGUUGUG